CAAGCGUUGAGCAACAACGCAACUCUAGCUCAGAAAAAUGGCUGUCGACAACUCUCUGCAGUCGCUUCUCGCGACACUCACCUCGUCUAUUCAGUCCGCUACGGAAGCUCUCCCAAAGGACGACAUCCUGCCACCGAAAGAAGGCAUCUCUUUGCUGGAUGUCAAGAACGAGCUGUUGCUCUCAUACCUCCAGAACCUCGUGUUUCUCAUCCUGUUGAAAUUGAGGGCUCGUUCGUCUACGAAUGGCGACCCAAAAGUGCAGGACCUCCAUCCUCAAGAUGAAGUUGUUCAGAAGCUAGUUGAGUUACGUGUGUACCUGGAGAAGGGUGUGCGACCUCUGGAAAACCGCCUGAAAUAUCAAAUCGAUAAGAUCAUCCGAACCGCGGAUGACGCCAUGCGGAGAACCAACCAAGCAGCCGCGAAGCCGAAGUCACGAAAAACUCAAGGUGGUGCAGAGUCUGAUAACAGCGAUGCUGAAUCAGCAGCUUCUGCGCAGACAGAGGACGAUGAAGAUGAGAUGACAUUUGGACCCAAUAGCGCGGCGCUUGCACGUGUGAAGUUGGAUGGUGCGGAAGCGAGGACCAAGGAAUCCGCGAAAGAUGGCAUCUAUAGGCCACCCAAGAUUACGCCAAUGUCGAUGCCAACAACCGAAGGCCGGGAAGAACGAAGAGAGCGAAGACCUGGCAAGUCAGCUACCUUGGAUGAAUUCAUUGCAACAGAGCUUUCGACUGCGCCAAUCGCAGAACCUAGCAUUGGAAGUACCAUCAUGGACGGCGGUCGUCGUACCAAGUCAGAGAAGGAGCGAAGAGAGGAGAAUGAAAGGAGAGAGUACGAAGAAUCCAACUUCACUCGUUUAGCCCCAAAGAGCAAGAAGGACCAGACCAAGGAGCGAGGACGACGAGAUGGAGGUUUUGGUGGCGAAGAAUGGCGAGGCUUGAGUGCUGGCAUUGACCGCAUUGAGCGGCUGACGCAAAAGAAAGGUGGUUCCAAGGGAACCCUGGAGAAGAGCAGGAAGCGGCCGAUUGAGGAUGGACCCCGCGGUAGUGGAUCGGCAGCGGGCGAUGCGUUCGAGAAGCGAAGAAAGGUGGUUGCUAGGUACAAGCACUGAUGUGGUUCACAUAGCGCGUGGUCGGCUUCUCUAUCCGGCUUCCGACACACGAUAUCGCAUUUUAUUCUCGAAUAUAUACUCCCAAGUCUCUCGGCUAAGUACUGUUGGAUUACCUACACGCAUCAUGUUAUAUCUGCCUUGGCGUGGUGCCACGAUCCCUACGAUCCAGUACCAAACGAUCUCUCGAACUAGGUUGCUCUAGUCGUAGAGCCAUAGACUUCAAGUUUCCGCAUUAUUUCCAGGUAGUUGUGGACAACAGUCUAACCAGGAGUCAACUCCGACUCUGGGAUUCUGCGAAAUAAACCCCUUUUGGGCGUCGUUUUACUUUACGUAACGAAUAUGGGAAUACUCUUCCGUCUCGGGUCCUGAGAGGAUGACAUUCAUCGGCGUUGCUC